AUGUUGAUGCCACGUCAAUCGACCUACCCUCAACAGCAGGCGUCUGGGACGUACGACUCCUACCCGCAGCCCUCGGCGCACCUGAUCUCGUCUCUCCAACACUGCGUCUCAUCCACCGCAUCGUGCGUGUCCACGAUGAAGGAAGCGAUCGACACACUUGAAUUUGCGAUCCAGGACCACCCGCGCUUAAUGACGGUGCUCAAAUCACAACGACACUUCGACCUUGUCUCCCAACGCGAUAUCGAGGUCGCCCGAGAGCACGUUGCGGGUGAAGUUCGACCGCACGUCGAGGAACUCUGUCGUCGCGCAGCCGCCGAGAUUGCUAGGGAAGACAGACGCGCCGUCGCGCUCAAGAACCGCACCGAAUCGCUACAACAGCGCAUCGCAAACCUGAGAAGCAUCGACGAACACCAGGCCAAACUCGCCAAUCACGAACCUGAGGCGAAGGACGAGAAAGACCAGAGAGAACAGCAAGCCUUGCAGCUGAGGCUCGAGGAGCAGAGACAGAGACUGGCCCAGUUGAGGGCAAAGAAGGAUGCGCUGUUGGCCACGGCGGACAAGUUGGAGGGGGAGAUCUCGGGCCAUGUUUAG